AUGGCAGCAGCGCGGGCUCUCUUCAAAGGCGACACGCGGGAGGCAAUCCAAAUACUCAAGACGGCGAGCGUUACGCAUCCAGAGCUGCUGUUCGUCUCGUUGGCGUUGCAGCUCAUCGGAAGGAGCGACAAGCACCUUAGCAAGGAGCAGCUCGAUUUCGACGAAGCCGUUGCUUCGAAGACGGAUCCUUACCUCCGGGCGAUUUCGUCGUUGAUCGCCACGGGAGACUGGUUCGCCAUCGCCAACCAAAAGUCGUUGCCCCUGUCGGAUCGGGCCUACGUUGCGGUACGGAACUUUGACGACGAGCAGCUCACCAAGUGGCUCAACGAGCAAGUUGCCAUGGCAGUGGAGACCGGGGACAUUGAGGGCAUCGUUCUCACGGGGAUCACGGACAAGCUGGUGGACAUCUUUGCCAAAUACGUUGAGAAGUUCAACGACUUCCAGACGGCGACGCUGGUCACAUCGAUAUGCGCGCCACGUUACAUUGACGAUUACCGGUGCCUCGCGUGGAGGAACGCCUACAGGAGGUACCUGCAACGGCACAAGGCCUUCCUCCAAAGGACCAAGUUUGAGGUGGAAAGCACAAAGAAAAGCAAGCGUGGAGGGCGCCCCACGAUCAAGCCGCCAUCUCGUCAAAUCGCGCUGCGCUGCGUGUACUGCGACGCUGAGACGACGCUCGCCGGGCAAGGCGGAACCGGGUCAGGACCGUCGGUUGGGGCGCCCGAUUCGAGGAACCCCCUGAUGGCGACCAGCAUCAACGCGGGCAUUAGCUGCCCAAACUGCGGGCGCCACCUGCCGCGAUGCGUGGUGUGCCUGGAGGUGGUUGGCGUUCCGAGAUCUGACCGACCGGAGCUCAACGGCGAGCCGGAGGUAUGGAUGGCGGCCAACUUCCCAACGUUUUGUCUAAAGUGCGAGCAUGUGCUGCAUCUCGACCAUGCGAGGCAGUGGUUCACGAGGCACGUCGAGUGCCCGGUUCCCGAGUGCCGGUGCCGGUGCAAUUUCAGGGCCAAUCCGGAGUUGAAUUACCACUAA